CAGCGGCGCGGCUCCGCCCCUUGCAGAAAUCCCCUCGGCAGAGGGCGUAUAUCCAGCGCCGCCGCCCGCCGCCGCUCUCACUCGGGUGCUGCCUGCCGCCGCUGCUGCUGCUGCCACUGAGCCUGGGACUUGGGUCGCUUGUGAAGGAGCCGAGGGGGAUUUAGCGCUGCGCUUCCUGAGCUAGCGGAGGCCGAGCCAUGUUCCAGCCCAGCUACAGCCCGGCUGGCCGCUGGGACGCAGCCAUGGAGAACCGCGCCGAGUCGCUGAAGAAGGAGCGGCAGCUCGGCUUGCUGCAGGACGACCGGCACGACAGCGGGCUGGACUCCAUGAAGGAGGAGGAGUACGAGCUGCUGGUGAAGGAGCUGACGGACAUCAGGCUCCAGCCCCCGGAGGAGCGGGGGGCGCCGCACCAGCCGGCCGAGCCUUGGCAACAGCAAGUGACUGAGGACGGAGACACAUUUCUCCACUUGGCAAUUAUUCACGAAGAAAAGGCCUGGAGCGUGGAAGUCAUUCGCCAGGCAACUGCCAAUCCUGCCUUCCUGAACUUUCAGAAUAACCUAAACCAGACGCCACUUCACCUGGCAGUAAUCACAGAUCAGGCUGAAAUUGCUGAGAUUCUUCUCAAGGCCGGAUGUGACCCAGAGAUCAGAGACUUCCGAGGAAAUACACCACUUCAUAUUGCCUGUGAGCAGGGCUCUGUCAGAGCUGUCAGCGUCCUCACUCAGUACUGCCAGCAGCACCACCUAGAUUCAGUCCUACGGUCUGCCAACUACAAUGGACACACAUGUCUCCAUUUGGCAUCUAUUCAGGGGUAUCUGGUUAUAGUAGAAUAUUUGCUGUCCUUGGGAGCAGAUGUCAAUGCUCAGGAGCCUUGUAAUGGCAGAACUGCCCUCCACUUAGCUGUAGACCUGCAGAAUUCAGAACUGGUGUCGCUUCUGGUAAAACAUGGGGCUGAUGUGAACAAAGUGACCUACCAGGGCUAUUCUCCAUACCAGCUCACGUGGGGAAGAAACAGCUUCAGCAUACAGGAACAGCUGAAGCACUUAACCACGGCUGACCUACAAAUGCUACCAGAAAGUGAGGAUGAGGAGAGCUGUGAAUCAGAAUCAGAAUUCACAGAGGAUGAAAUAAUGUAUGAUGACUGUGUUAUUGGAGGACGACAGCUGGCAUUUUGAAGAAGAGGUUUCUCUUAAAGGACAUGACUAUAAAUAUGUAUAGGAAGCUGACUUAUUUUCUUUAAAAAAAUGAUAAAAUGUGAAAAAAAUGUUGAAAUACUACACUGCACAUCAUGGACUACAUCAUUAUAACAGCAGGUUUCACAUUCUGACCCGUACUUUUACUAAUGGGAGUUGGAUGUGUCACGUCAGUAGAAAUCUAUGUUUAUUUGUGCCAGUUACGGAUUAACUGGUUGUCAAAAUGUAUGAACAGUAUGAGGACAACAGACUACUGGAUCCACCUGAAUAUUCAUUUUGGCUACAAGACUGUAUCUGAGAGAUGACUAGUGAGUUUUUCUGUGGAGUUGCUUCCCCCUACGUAGCUGGACAGGUUCACACGAGUAUCCUAUCUGCUGGAAGAAAUUGCAUAGAUUUCUGUUGGGCUGAUUGUAAUCACUCCUAAUGACUGACCUCAGCUGCUCUUUGUACUGUAGAGGAAUUGAAACAAAAGAAUGACCUCUUGGCUUUUAUGGGAAAGGUAGCAAUAAUGUUAACUCUCUGCAUUGGAAACAGUGUAUUUCCCUAUGUAUGUGGCAUGAUUGCUAAACUUUUAGCAGUUGUAUAUAUUGUAUAUUUUGUUUAUAAUUAUUUUGAUACCUGAGAUGUAUAUUUAUUAAAAAAAAUGUCAAGUC